AUGAACGAUGCGACGACCUCAUUGCUCACUGAGCAUUUCAGCUACACCCCCCUGUCUCUCAUAGAUGACAUUAUCAACUCGAUCAACAAUUUAAUAUACCAGGCGAUCUCGAGCUUGGAAUCUGGAUUGCUUGCUACGCCUCCUGAGCGACUUGGUUUUGCGCAUGGCAACGACGGCUCUACUAUUCCCGAGACCGACGAGGAUGGGAACGUUAUUUACCCGGAGGCCAAGCUAGAGAUUGAGAAUGGAUUGCAUCAGUUGGAAACACUGCUUGAGGCCAAUGUGGAUAAAGCCUUUGACAAGUUUGAGAUCUACGUAUUGCGGAACAUCCUCACGGUGCCGGAGGACUUGCUCUCUUGGGUGAGAUUGAAGCAUUACGAGGGUCUCUCUUUCAGCGCCUCGCCAGAUACACCUACGCCCGAAUCCAUCCACAUCCAGCGCAAGAAAUUACUCGAGACUAAGAAACUGAACCGCUCUCUUAAAGAUGAAUGCGGUCGAAACGAGGCGGUCAUCUCACAACUACGGUCUAUUCUGUCGAAGGUGGAAACAGCAAAGGCAAAUGGCUCUGGCGCGUCUGAGAAUAGUCUGGAUUUGUCUUUCUUGACCUCCAGCCCAGCCGCACGCCAGCUUCGUGUCGGCGUCGAUCCCGGACCCAACGCCAAAUCAACGCCCCUUACAACAAACACAACUUUUAUUCUCUCUCAGCUUCCUGCAUUGCAGGCCACACUUGUGCAGCUUCGGCCAAAGUUGGCAACCUUGCCAGGCGCUACGGUGGCAAUGGAGACUAAGUCUAAGAGAGUCGAAAGGAAAGAAUACAUCGAAAGCCGGAUUCGACUCCACCUCGAGCGCGCCGGUCAGCUUGCCAUGGGUGACGACGGUAAUCCUGUUGUCGCAGGUCGCAGAAUUGACAUCCGCGAAGCCCAUGCCCUUGAAAGUGUGGCUAACAUGCUUACGCAAGACAAGUCUGUGUAA